AUGAAUUCUCGGUUAUCAAAAAAGAGGAUCAGAUUGACUAGGUUGAAACUUGAAACAUGUGUCCAGAAUUUAUCACCUUUUAGUGAAGUUGGGCUCGGGCUCAAGUCUCCAAACCCAUUCAAUCCAGAAAGUCCGAAAGGUAAAGCCCAGUUUCAAUAUGGGCCGAAUCCUAAACAGGUUCUCAUGCUUAUAAACCGACCUUGCAUAAUGCAUAGUCCAUCUAUAGAGCCUCAGCCUCUCUCUGGCUCUCUGUUCGUUCUCUCAAUCUCUCCCUUUGUCUCUCUCUCUCUCUCUGAUACACCGGUCGGGGAAAACUCAGGUGGAAGCAUUAUCAGUUUCUAUCAAAUGUCGAUGUUGACCGCAACUACUAUCUGCAGUACACCUCUACUUGCACCAGCGAAGCAUAAUGGUCGACAGGAAAAGCCUAUAGAGCUAGCUGGAUGUGGUGCUGUGAGGAAUUGCUUGCAGUUUGAAUCAUUUGAUGCAGGAAGAGGUUGUAACGAGCUUGUUGCUUCGAAUCGACUGGGGUUUGGCAUGCGAUUACAGCCCCUUGACAGGAAAAAAGCAUCAAUGCGUUCUGCUUUGACAAUAUGUGCUGCUGCUUGGAAUGCGACAUGCAGUGCGUCAGGGCAAUCUCAAACUGCUACUGUGAAGCCACAGACAUUACCAAAGGCUCCAGAGAUGUCGCCCAAACUUGAUGAUGGUGGAAGUGGAUUCCCACCCCGCGAUGAUGGAGGUGGAGGAGGAGGUGGUGGAGGUGGAGGCAACUGGUCAGGCGGAUUUUUCCUUUUCGGCUUUCUUGCUUUCUUGGGGUUCUUAAAAGAUAACGAAAGCCAGGAGGAUUACCGGGACGGUAGAAGAAGAUAGAGAAGGCAUUGAAGUUAGAUCAGUUUCGUAGAGUCUGCAUGUUACCUAGUUUUGCUGUAUUAUUAUUUUUUUGACAGAGUAAAUUAUUGAGACUUCAUGUCAUUGGAACCUCAAUCUCUUUAAAGUUACAAACCUUCCAUCGGAGAAGAAAAAUGAGCUUCUUCAGUGCCAUGGAUGGGGAAUUAAUGUUAACCACUGCCUGUAAUUGAGUACAGCAUAAUAAAUUUCGAAUUAUCUUGCUUGAGGGCUGAA